CUUACGCCGGCUCGCACCUCAAGAACGUCCAAUUGACUUGUUAUAGAUGGAAGAUACUUCGCCUGUGUACUUCAGACGCAAAAACCAGACCAAUAGAAGCAUCCUUGACAUUGAUGAUCUCCUCAAAAGCCUAACCCGGCAGGCUGAGACGUGGAUGUGGGUUCACGAAGAAAUCCCACAGAUCCUAUUGGGCUGAUGAUGAGGCCACAGGUUGGUGACACCCGUCAACCAGGAAUUUGCCGAGCACGACGACUGUGGUGCUCAAAAAUGCUGGUGAGCACCCCUUCUUAUCUACAGUCCUUCAAUGUCCUGGUCGCCAGACGCUCUUUUAGCGAGGAAGUUCAGUAAGACUUCGUUGUUGCGAUGGCAUCACGAACGAUCUCCGACUUGAGCGACUUGUCGAAUACCGCCUUGGUGGCAUAUGCCGCCGUCUCAGCGUUGAUUUUCGUCAUCUCGUACUGGAGCCUGUUCAAACGAAAGCCUUUUGACGAAAAGGCACCACCCGUCGUUCGCUCCGACUGGCCAAUCGUCGGCGCUUUGGGCUUCUGGACCGCUCGCCGAGACUGGUGGAAUGCCGUGAUUGCGCAGACCGGAUCCCCGGAUUUCAGUUUCCACAUUGGCAAACAUAGGCUCGUGGGCGUGAACAGCGACGAGGGAAGGAAAGUUUUCUUCGAGAGCAAGGAAGUUGGCUUCGCGGAGGGUUAUGCCGUGCUGUUUGGCCAAGCACCAGACUUUGCAGACUCGAAUGCGAAACCGAAUAGCGAAGGGGGCAGUAAUCGGUUCUUCAACAGGCGGAUGAUGUCCUUACUGAAGAACGACCGAUUUGCCGUGGCGUUGCCGACUCUUCUCUCAGACGUUCGAGGGCGUCUCAAUGAUCUUGCGGUAGAAUCACCAGGUAUAACAGACCCCUUCGACAGCAUUUACAAACUUGUCUACCUUCUCACGCAACGAGCUGUUGGCGCCAACGAGAUCGCCCGUGACCGCAAGCUGAUGGACACCACGCUUAGUUUGUUCGAGAUGAUUGAGCAGUCUGCAAAGCCAUACCAGGUGAUAAUUCCGUGGCUUCCCUCCUUGGCACUGGUGAAGCGCUUCUAUGCUGGUAUGCGGAUGUAUAUGAUCUUCGAGAGACUUGUCAAGGCUCGGCAGAAGGGUGGGACACGGGAAGACGACCCUCUACAAUAUUUGAUCGACGAAGGGGAUGACACCAAAACAAUCAUCAGUUUCGUCGUUGGCGCCCUCUUUGCGGGGCAAUUGAACUCAGGAAUCAAUGCAGCAUGGGUCUUGUGCUAUCUUGCCGUCAACCCGUAUUGGCUGAACGAAGUUCGUAAAGAAGUUCGCGCCACGACAGAUAAGUACUGUCCUGGAAACGAACCACUCAUCGACCGGUUGGGAAAGCUUCCACUGGAAGCGUGGGAGCAAAGCUUCCCGCUCAUCGAUCUCUGCUUGAGAGAUAGCAUUCGUCUCCAGGCACAUGGCACUGGAUUUCGCAAGAACAUGAGCGGAAGACCACUCAAACUCGGAGACAAAGAGCUGCCCGCUGAUGGGUUCUUGGUAUACCAUUUCGGAAACCAUCACUUGAACCCAGAACUCUUCCGCGAUCCUCACAAGUGGGAUCCGUCGCGCUACUUCCCCGAUCGCGCAGAGGACAAGAAGGACAAAUAUGCGUUCAUCGGGUGGGGUGCCGGCAGACAUCCUUGCCUAGGGAUGCGUUUUGCCAAACUAGAGCAAAAUAUCAUCACCGCCUUCUUUUGCACCAUGUUCGACUUCGAGCUCGUAGACAGCCAGGGCAGAAAAAUGGAGGACACCGUAAAGGUCAACACGAACAACUAUCAGGCAGCGAGGCCGGACACGAACAUGUUUAUCAAGUACACGCUGCGGCAGGAUGCGAUAAUGGCCCCGCAAUGAAUAGAGUAGACGCUUAUCAUUACAUAUAAUGUAAUCUCGUCAAAUCCG